UGAACACACGGCCGUGACGAACUUUUUUUAUUUUUUUAUUUAUUUUUGUAUUUAUUUAUUUUGAAGGCAAUUUCACUUCCGCCGGAGACAAAGAACGACGGAACGGGCGGAUUAACAUCUCAACAUGACAAGUGGUCCUUGUGCUAGCCAGCGGAAGCGGGUUUAUGGAUCAAAACACAAACAUUUACAUGAGGAAACUUCGACGGCGGGGAGCACAACCCUUACAUGACCCUGAGCAGUUGGCUGACUGUGCCUCCUUCACGCCUCUUUCAUCCCACCCAGAACAACAUCGUCCAUCUGCACCCCUCCGUCCCCUGACAGGCCGGGACACAGGCCGCCAUGUGCCUGCAGAGACAAAGCCUGAAGUCUAGAGGGGAAGCCGCCGCUUUCUUUGGUUUCCUGGUAAAGAAAUCUCCGGCAGCCACAGCGGUCCGAUAUCAAGAAGUGGAAAAAAGAGGUCCUGGAAGCGAAGCGUUUUUGAAUGAGAACAAGGUGGUUUGUGGGAGUUGAGAGAGCGCCUGCGUCGGUGCGGACAAAGAAAAAGAAAUCCCAAUAAAAAUGAUGCCACAGUGCCGCCCCGUCCCGUCCCAUUUGACCGACAAGUGCUGAUCACUGAGACGUUCUACGGGGACAUAAAAGAAACGUCUCUCGCACGUGAUCACUACUCACUGCGCGUUGUGCCGCGUCGCGUUCGGAGGGAAGACAUCCGCAAGCCCGCCUGUCCCUGAUAACUAAAACACCUCUGGAGUGUGAUGCUGCUGCACUGGAACAAAAGACCUGUGAGGACAAUGACGUAAUGCAAAGCCUCGGGCCCCUCGGCCUAUGAGGAAGACGACGCAUCGUCAUCAUCAUCAUCAUCAUCAUCAUCAUCACCGUACAGGAGCGACGCUGCUGCGAGAGGACGACGAACACCUGUGCGACUGCGACGGUGCGUUCGAGGACAGCUGGGGAAAAAGAGCAUGAUGCGCCACGCGAGUUAGGAGGAACAGACCAGCAGAGGGAAACAGAUGCACAAACAUUUCGUGGGGGCAUCAUCGUCAUCUUCUUCUUCUUCCUCCUCCUCGGCAGCGACAGACUCCUCCUCUCCCCCCACGUCCAAUUAGUUAUUAUGCUCCGGCCCUUUAAGACGCAAGCGAGCGGGUCAGCAAGUAGUGUAGUGUUUCUCUAAUUGAACUUCGCCCAAUCAACAAUAACUCGUUAGCAGUCGCCCUUUUUUCUUCUUCUUCUUUUUCUUGCUGCUUGAGAGAGACAGCUUGGUUUUUUUUCUUCCUGUGCAGGGGAUUCACUCCCCUCCGGUCGGUUAUACUUCCUAAAGAUCUUACAUGGAGCUUGGCAGAGGAACUACGGAUCUCUGAGGGGGGAAUAGCUACGAGUCCUCCGGCUUUGCCUCUUGCAACUGUAACGCCAGAAGCAUGGUUGUUUUGGAGGAAAGUUCCCCGGCGAACUAAAGUUGCAACAACAUUUAGAGGGAGGUCUUGGAGAAAACGCCGAGGACGACACUUGUGGACCCGUAAGAAGACAUCAACAAAACGACCAUUUGAAUGAAAUAACCCAACUUCUGCGUGCAGCAGCGAUUUGUUUCGGGGACUGCGGCGAUGACCUCUGGUAGAGACAUGAAGGCGGGCUCAGUGUUGCAGUCCGGCGGCGAGGAGAGGAGACGGGCUCCCCUGGACCAGCUGCCGCCGCCGGCCAACUCCAACAAGCCCCUGACGCCGUUCAGCAUCGAGGACAUCCUCAACAAGCCCUCGGUGAAGAAGUCGGUCGCCAGCGCGAUCCGUCCGCCGACGACGACCACGACGACGAGGGCGCUGCUGCAGAAAGUCGCGGGCUCGAACUCGGCGAGGAACGGGAUCACCACUCCCUCGUCGCCGCUGUGCGCGCUGGAGGAGCUGGCGAGCAAAACGUUCAAGGGGCUGGAAGUGAGCGUGAUCCAGGCGGCGGAAGGUCGCGAGCACGUGAACGGCUUCGGCCAGAGGCAGACGUCGAAGAAGAGGAGAAAGUCGCGCACGGCCUUCACCAACCACCAGAUCUACGAGCUGGAGAAGCGCUUCCUGUACCAGAAGUACCUGUCGCCGGCCGACCGCGACCAGAUCGCGCAGCAGCUGGGCCUGUCCAACGCGCAGGUCAUCACCUGGUUCCAGAACCGCCGGGCGAAGCUCAAGCGCGACCUGGAGGAGAUGAAGGCGGACGUGGAGUCGCUGAAGAAGAUCACGCCGCAGACGCUGCAGAAGCUCGUGAGCAUGGAGAACAUUGAGGAGGAGGAGGAGGACGAGGACGAGGAGGAGGACGCGCAGCGGCGGCGGCAGCAGGGCGGCGGCGGCGUUUCGCCCAGCGUCUCCCCGACCUCGCAGGGGGGACACCGGGCCUUCCCGCAGUCGUCCCCCUCCUCGUCCAGAGACCAAACCACGGAUGAGUUCUCGGAGGACGACGAGGAGAUCGAGGUGGACGAUUGACGUGUCGCGGGGGCCUGUGAUUUUCAUAACAACAACAACAACAACAACAACAGAAAGAAUAUUACAAAAAGAAAAGGGGGCAUUUUUUUUCUUCCCAAACUUUUGCACGGAUAUUGACAUAAACAGGAGAAUAUAGAAACAUUUCAGGAAAGUAUUUUUUUUUUCUCCUCCUCCUCUUUUUGUCUUUCUUUCUCCUCCACUUUUAAUUUAUUAAUCGGACUUAUUGAUAAACCUUCCACGUAUCGGAGGAGUAUCCGGGUUCCUCUCCAGACUGUUAUGUUACAGGAAGACUGCAACCUGUGUAGAAACAUUUGAAUAUUUCACCUUCGGUUUUGGGGGGUUGUGUGUGUGUGCGUGUGUGUGUGUGUGUGUGUGUGCGUGUGUGUGUGUUUGUAUGUGUGUGUGUGGAAAGUUGUGCAAUUAUUCUUUUUUUUUGUUUGCCAUUAAUUCGCAUUCUUCUUGUUCAAGGAAAUCGGAUGUGCCAAAUCUAUAAAUGACCCCCCCUCCUCCCUCCUCCGCCCCCUUUUGUUUUCUUUUUGUUUUCCCACGCACAGCUCGAUGUGUCAACGAGUCACACUACUUUUUUUUUUCUUUUCUUUCUGCUUAUUUUAUUUGUAUUUUUGGCAUGUUUGCAGAAACGUGUUUUGCCGAAAGGCCCCCGGUGCGCAGCGCAGAAAAGGAUGAGGAGGCACCGCCACACACACACACACACACACACACAUAUAUAUAUAUAUCUAUAGAUAUAUCUAUAGAUAUAUCUAUAGAUAUAUAUAUAGUAUGGACUGCAUACUUUUUCCUCAGGCGCUCUGAGUUCUUCAUGUACAUAGAUCAAACAUCAUCCAUACGCGCGAUAAUUUUAUUGUAACAUUCUAUUUAAUCAGCAUCUAUGUAAAUAAAGGUUAUAUGAUAUUUCAAAAGA